UGGUCAAAUUGUGACAUAUGGGUUCACGACUGAGUGCAUUCAGCGCAGUAGCUGAACUGAAGUGAAGCACCAAAACACCUCCCCAAACCAGAGCUGCAUCAAAAGAAGGCUGUGGUCACUCUUCAGUGUGUAGAAUCAUCCUCUACAAUUUCUUGAAAGCUGGCGGAACUGUCACAGCAGAGAAAUAUUGACAAAAUGCACCAAGAACUGCGGUGUUUACAUCCAACAGUGGUCAGUCAUAAAGGACCAAUUCUUCUCAGUGACAACACCCAACUGCGUGUUUCACAAAUGACUCUGCAGAAGCUGCAUGAACUGGGCUAUGAAAUCCACCUCACCCAACUUACUCACCAGACCUCUCUCCCACCAAUUACCACAUUUUCAGACAACUUGAGAACUUCCUGCAAGAGGUUUUCCACAAUCAAGAAGCAGCUCAAAAUACUUUUAAAGAAUUCAUCAGUUCUAGGACUCCAGAAUUCUAAUGCUACCAGCACAUUCAGACUUGUUUCUUGUUGGUAAAGGCUGCCUGCUGUUUUCUGUGGAGAUCAUGAAACGACGUCGGCUUCCUAGCAGCAGUGAGGAUUCUGACGACAAUGGCAGUCUGUCCACCUGGUCCCAGCAUUCCAGAUCUCGACAUCGGAGAACUUCGUGUUCCAGACAUGAAGAUCGAAAACCUUCUGAGGUGUUCAGAACGGACCUGAUCACUGCCAUGAAGUUACAUGACUCCUUCCAGCUGAACCCUGAUGAAUACUAUGUGCUGGCAGACCCCUGGAGGCAGGAGUGGGAAAAGGGAGUUCAGGUGCCAGUUAGCCCAGGGACCAUCCCAGAACCAGUAGCCAGGAUUGUAUCUGAGACGAAAGCAGUCACAUUUACGCGUCCGAGGAAGUACAUUGUUUCGUCAGGUUUGGAGCCUCCAGAGCUGGGCUACGUUGACAUUCGAACCUUAGCAGACAGCGUCUGUCGUUACGAUCUCAAUGAUGUGGACGUAGCGUGGUUGCAACUUGCCAAUGAAGAAUUCAAAGAAAUGGGGAUGCCUGAGCUGGAUGAGUACACGAUGGAAAGGGUCAUAGAGGAGUUUGAACAACGAUGCUAUGAUAACAUGAAUCAUGCUAUUGAGACGGAAGAAGGACUUGGGAUUGAGUAUGAUGAAGAUGUUGUCUGUGAUGUCUGUCAGUCUCCAGAUGGAGAAGACGGCAACGAAAUGGUGUUUUGUGACAAAUGCAACAUUUGCGUGCACCAGGCAUGUUACGGGAUCCUGAAGGUGCCGGAGGGCAGCUGGCUGUGCCGGACCUGUGCGCUCGGCGUUCAGCCCAAGUGUUUGCUGUGUCCUAAGAAGGGUGGGGCCAUGAAACCAACCCGGAGCGGUACCAAGUGGGUCCACGUUAGCUGUGCUCUGUGGAUUCCCGAGGUGAGCAUUGGAAGCCCAGAAAAGAUGGAGCCUAUUACGAAGGUUUCCCACAUUCCCAGCAGUAGGUGGGCACUGGUGUGCAGCCUUUGCAAUGAGAAAGUCGGAGCAUCUAUCCAGUGUUCGGUGAAGAACUGCAGGACAGCCUUUCACGUCACCUGUGCAUUUGACCGCGGCUUGGAGAUGAAGACCAUCCUGGCGGAGAACGAUGAGGUGAAAUUUAAGUCAUACUGUCCCAAGCACAGCUCCACCAAGAAAGCGGAUGAUGAGACUUUUGGUGAAAGCCCAGGCCAGGAGAACGGGAAUGGGAUUCAGGACAGCUCUCUUCCUGCCCACAUCGACCCUUUCCACAGCAUGGAUCAAAACCAGGAGGAGGCCCACAGGGUCAGCCUGCGCAAGCAAAAGCUCCAGCAGCUGGAGGACGAGUUCUAUACAUUUGUUGAGUCUUUGGAAGUGGCUAAAGUGUUGCGGCUGCCCGAGGAGCCAGUGGAAUUUCUUUACCAGUACUGGAAGCUGAAGAGAAAAGCCAACUUCAAUAAGCCUUUGAUUACCCCAAAGAAGGAUGAAGAGGACAAUCUGGCCAAACGGGAGCAGGAUGUUCUGUUCAGAAGACUGCAGCUCUUCACACACCUCCGGCAGGACCUAGAGCGGGUGCGUAAUCUUACUUACAUGGUGACCCGAAGGGAAAAAAUCAAGAGGUCUGUCUGCAAAGUUCAAGAACAGAUAUUUAAUAUCUACGCAAAGCAGUUGGAGCAAGAAAGAGUUUCAGGUGUGCCUUCCUCAUUCUCCACAAUGGAAAACACAGUGUUGUUCAAUAGUCCCUCUUUGGGCCCCAACGCCCCCAAGAUAGAGGAUUUGAAAUGGCAUUCUGCGUUCUUCAGGAAACAAAUGGGCACAUCUCUAACCCACGCUUUGAAAAAACCACACAAGAGGGAUAGAGUAAGAAACACUUCUGGGAAUGACAACAAAGCCUUGCUGAGGCAGCCCGGGCAAAGGGAAGGCGGUGCAGCUCCCGGUGGCUUUUUACAUUUUGACAAGAACUUUGCAGAACCACGGAUUGUAUCGGCACAGCAGAAAAACGGCAUCGUUCUACCAGAGCACAGAAAAAGAAGAGACAAUCGUCCACAGUGCGAGGUGAUCAAGGCAGAACUAAAGGAAAAGACUUCUAAACACAACCACAAGCCGCUGAGACCCACGGAACUCUCUCAGAGGCAAUCAGAAAAUAAAAGGGCUGUGAACCACUCUGGUGGUAGGUCAGCGCCUGGCACACGGAGGGAUAUAGUGCCUAAAUGCAACGGGGGGCUCGUCAAAGUAAACUCUAAUCAGACAGUAGUUAAAGUGCCUACAGCGCCCACAAGCCCGGUGAAAAACUGGGGUGGAUUCCGAAUUCCAAAGAAGGGGGAGAGACAACAGCAUGGCGAGAGCCUGGAGGAGACCUGCCGCCAGAACUCCAGCUACCCCUACCUGGGCAUGGGCAGAGUUUCACCGAAGGACAGGGCAAAAAGCAAGCUAAAGCCUGACAGCGAAAAUGACGGGUACAUCCCCGAUGCCGAAAUGAGUGACUCGGAGACUGAAGUGGCUGACAAAAAGUGCAGGCAGCAGAGGCUCAGUCCGAACAGCGCCAUCAGCAGAAGGACGGACAUUAUUAGGAGAAGCAUCCUGGCGUCCUGACUGGACACACGGACGCAGUGUCAGCACCAUGGUUGGUAGCGUCACUGCCUACAAGCCAACUCCACAUUAUUUAUCGCUGUGAGAGAGGGGAGUUUAGAUGUGGCUACGGACUGACAAUUGAGAGCCCAUAUCCUUGAGCUGUAUAAACAUGUUUACAUGCACUUAAAGCUGGGGGGGGGGCUUUACCUCCGCCCCUCAAAUUCUGUAAGAAAUUUGAAUCUCCUUUAUUUGCAGCUGUCCUGAGUAACAGAGAAAUGCCAUCGCUAUUAAAAUACAAUUUGUGAUGAACACUAGAAAAACUUACAAAAACCUUUUAGAAGGGGCUAGGGUGGAGAGGGGGAAGGAAGCUGCAUUCAUCCCUUUUAGCUAAAAAGCACUGAUAAAAUAGUACUCCCUUCCCCUGCCUCCUGGAAAAGCACAAGCUCUUAAUUUAACUGAGGUGUAUUGAAUCAAAGAUGGUUGUUUAACCACGCUGCACUGCUAAUCCCCAUGACAAACGGCCACUUCCCUUGGAUGGUGGCAGGUCUUUCUCCUCUGUUUGCAGAAUGUUUUCUGUUGCAUUCAGUUUGAGCGUAGAAGGGCAGCUGAAAACCCUCCCCGAGUUCCAGAGUUUACAUGUAAAGAGAGGUCAGGACUGGAGCUGCCUUGCGGUGCAACAGCUUGAAAAGACUCAGACUUGAGCACAGAGGAUGCUCUCAAGUGACUCAGUUCUGCGAAAGGGAGCAGGCGUGGGGGUUACUGCACCCCGCAGGAUAACCCGGCGCCUGCCCCCAGGAGUACAGGACAAUUCAUGAGAGAGAUUUCGAAGGCACUAGGCAGUAGGAUUUCCCAAAGCCCACGAGAUAUGCACUAAUGGUAUGUAUUGGGAAAGCCAGGCUUAGGACACUAAAGGGUUGCUUUAAAAGUGGACAUGAAUAUAUAUUUUUAAGUAGAAUAAAAUGAAAAGGCAAUAAAUUGUGAUUAGCUCUUUACAGUCAAAUGAAGAAAAAAAAUAUUUCAUUCUAUUCUGGACUAGAUUUGAUGGAAGAGGGAACUCAUUUUCUGAUUGUGUACUUUUUUUUUUACUAAUUGCAAAUGGCAAUAACUAGUAAGCUAUGAGCAAUAAUGUCACAGAUCAUUAGGAUACUGUUUUGUACUGAGUGCACAUAAACCAGUGGAGUGAUAGGAGCCUGUAAAUGUUGGAAUUCUGCAUCUAUGUACGUCAGGUUCGUACUGGUGAAGAUAUUUAAGCACCCAUGUGUUACAGAAAGACAGGCAUGAACAGAAAGACGCCCCCCUCCACCCUUUCCCUACUCCUAGCCUGCCGUUACCCCAUCCGCUCACCACUUAACGCGAGACCAUAGCCUCCUGAGCAGGGAACGUUUAAAACACAGUAGAACUCUGCAAGAACGGAGUCUUCCCGAGGAGUCAAUUGAAAAAAAACCAAGGCUUAGUAACACCCUGCCUUGCUAUGCAAGUUAUCACUUAAUUAAACACGGCAAGAGAACGUAUCCCCAUCAUUUGUUUGUGAACUCAAAAGUCUUAACCUUUUGAUACCUUUUGGGGUGAUGUUGAGGAAUGGGAAUUUUGUGUAAGAUAGCGUACUUGUAGAAAACCACUGCUGCUCCCAAGACGUUUGAUUAACUUUGAGACUUCCAGAGGUGAAAGUCAAACAGGGCUCUGGUGAAUCUGAAGUUACAGUCGCUCUUGGGAUAUGUUAAAAGUCCUUACUCAAUCAAAGAACAACAGACAGACAAAAGGUGAACGCAGGUAAGUUCUACUCGACAUACAGCAUCGUUUUCCAGACAGGCACUCUUAUUUCUAUAAGAAGCUCAUGACUAUAGGGAAUUAUUUGUCAAGCCAUAGAUGGAAUAAUCAAAAUUUUGAUUCUAAGUAAACACUGAACCUCACGCCAGUUUGGAAGAGGUACCUUGUUAAUUUGCACUAUUAUAAAUGCUACCAUUGUGCAGAAUUAAUGCCUUACCUGUUUUGCUCCCCGACAUUUAGGUUAAUAAGCUUUCUAAGUUAAGCAGAACCAAAACCAAAAAAGCUCUAAGACGACUGCAGUGUGACCAGCUCUGUAGGUUAGUUUUGUCUCCCGUGCUUAGCACUCAGCAGAAGAGGCAGCGUAAGUACAGCAGUGACAAUACAAACCCAGCCCUGUAUUUUAUUGGGAUAGAACCAUUUGCUGGAUUUCUGUUUUUAAGCGCUACCUUUCCUCGUGCAGACUGACCAAGAGAUCUGCGAUGCUGACUGGUGUAUUCUGUCAAACCGUAGGCUAGUUGAACUUCUGUAAAGUUGCCUGGAAUGCCAUUUGUUAGGUUGUAAACUCCCACAAAUCUCAAUGAAGGGUUAUACGUCUUGUGUAUAAAUCUGAAUUUCAGAAAUUGGAGAGAACUGUCAUGACAUUUGUAAAACCUUGUACAGAAGAUUUUUCACCAUGUGCCUCGCUUUGGUGUCCAUUCAGCUGAAAUGAAUUACAAAAGGUGCAUGAAGAGAAACAGAUAGAAAUAAAAAGUAUAUGUAGAGAUGACUAUUUUAUAUUACAUGGCCCAAUCCUGUAUUUAUUUUCUCCCUUUUUUGAAGUAUUUAUAAAGACCUAGUUGAAGACAGCUGUAUUUUUUGUUAAAAUAUUCAGUAGAAUUGU